CGUUAAGUUCAGGUGCAUAGUAUAUUUUAAGAUACUAUAGCCACCACAACCCACCACCAUGAUCACCAUGAACGAGCUGGUGGAUCUGCGGAUGCAGCAGCACAUAGCUCACGAGAUAUAUCGCCAGCAGAUCAUGCAGCGAAUACCAGAUCCCUUUCCCCCCAUGCUGCCCAUUCACAUGCCACGCCACGUGAUCAUGCCACCGCGUGUGACCCUGCCCGGCGUGGAUAUGACACUGCAGAACGACGAUCUGUGGAAGCAAUUCCAUCAAAUUGGCACCGAAAUGAUCAUCACCAAGAGUGGCAGACGGAUGUUCCCCUCCAUGAGAUUGAGCGUCUCCGGCUUGGAGGAUGAGACCAACUAUUGCGUCCUACUUGAGAUGGUGCCCAUCGGCGAUGCCCGCUACAAGUUCUCCGGCUCCCAGUGGGUACCGGCUGGAGGAGCCGAACCGCAGAGCCCCCAGCGAAUGUAUCUGCAUCCGGACAGCCCGGCCACAGGCGCCCACUGGCAAGCUCAGCCCAUUCUCUUCAACAAGGUGAAGCUGACCAACAAUACCCUGGACAACAGUGGGCAUAUUGUCCUGGCCAGCAUGCACAAGUAUCAACCGCGUCUGCAUGUCAUACGCACCGCUGAUCUGGCGCAGAUUCCCUGGGCCCCACAGCAGGCCUUUGUGUUUGCCGAGACCGAGUUUGUGGCCGUGACAGCGUAUCAGAACGAUCGCAUCACGAAGCUAAAGAUCGACAACAAUCCGUUUGCCAAGGGCUUCCGCGAAACGGGACAAUCGCGCUGCAAACGCAAGAUGUCUUCAUCGCCAACCGGUGAAGAUCAAGAUCAGUCGCUGUCGCUGUCACAGCCACAGACACAAGCACAUCCACAGUCUCAAUCCCAGUCCCAGUCCCAGUCCCAAUCGCUUGACAUGUCACCAACAAAAGCCAGCGAAACAAAAACUACAUCGGACAACAGCAGUCGCGAUCUCGGAUCAGAUGGGCCGCAAAUUAAGCGACUGAGAUCAAAUGGUUCCGCCUGCUCCUUAUCCUCAUCGCUGGACGGCAACGGUAGUGGCGGUGUCGGCGUCGGCGGCCCAGAGCCUGUGCCAAUGUCUGUGGCUGGCGCCAUCUCCAUGGGACUUGGAUCGCCGCCCCCAGGCCUGGGGCAACAUCGCAGCGUCUUCAUGCAGCACUUCCAGACCCUUCUGCGACCCUCGCUGGUGGACCUGGCCUGCACGUAUUUCGGACGCAGUGCUCACGACUACAAUGGCGCGAUGCCGGUGUAUCCGCCAGCCUCCAUUUUGCAAGCUGCUCUUCCCCCACUUCCUGCUCUGCCACUGCCGCAGGACAUUUCCGGUGGGGAGCCUACAUCGGAUGAGUCUGGGGCGGAUGACCUGGAACUGGAUGUGGGGAGCGAGACGACAGCAACGCCGUUGCAGCAGCAGGAGCAGCAACAGCCUGUAGAGCAGCCCCCGGAACCCUCCACCAGGAGCAAGGGCUUUAGCAUAUCCGCCAUUUUGGGCGGCAACUAGAGAAGGAUGCCUCAUGAGAUCCCUGCUACUAAUUCUGAUAUUACCCUU